CAGAAUCAGCUAUCUAGUAUCUAUGGCUUCGGCUCGGCUUCGCUGGCUAAAGAGGUUUUCAUUGAGCCCAGUCUUUGUUCUUUAGUAAUGAAAUAAUACUAACUAGUAUAAUUAAAUAAUACUGCGGUCAUUGACUCUUCACUCACUAUCCUAGUAGUAAUAAAUAAAUAGUAAAGUAAAGUAACCAAACCAUGGCUGGCAACUAUUUGAUUGCUGGAGUUGUGGGAAUUGUUUUUGCUGUUGGGGUUGCUCUUUAUGAAGCAUUUAAGGAGAGGGAGAGCCGCAAAGAAAGACAAUAUGAUUAUUAUGGACAAAAUCGAAAAGAGCAUCUGCAUCGUGAUCCAAGGUCUCCCCCUGUGCAGAAACAAGCCGUAUGCGGCUAUUGUAGAGGACCAUUGGCUAAAGAAAACAUUGACAGACUGAGCUGUGGACAUAUAUUCCACAGUCGCUGUAUUGCUGGGAUAAAUAUUUGCCCAUACACUUUAUGCCAAAAAAAGAUUGAAACACCUCGAUCUACCGCAAGUUCGCCUCUUCCUGAAGUAAAGUGUGAUUCUUGUAAUACUCAGGUUGGUUCAAACGAACUGGCUAAGCUCAACUGUGAUCAUGAAGUUCACAAAGACUGCCUGAAGAUGGGUUUCUGUCCAAUGCCACGCUGUACGUAUCUUAGGUCUAUGAAAGAACACCGCUGGUGAGGAAUAGAAAGUUGAUAUUAAGCACAAAACUGAUAUUAUGGAAUUUUGGCAAAGACCUUCUCUGAAGAAAACUGACUCCUAAGCUACACUGCCUUAAAACUGCUCUCUAUGAAUUAUUUGGUUCUACUAUGCAGUAGCACGUGCUGAUGAACUAAAAUAUUUUGUAAGUUUUAUGUUUGGGUUUCUGUUAUUACAUUGGGUCCAAGCAAAUGGGGAUAUAAAAUAUUGACAUUAACUGUUCAAACCUAUUUUGACAUCUAUACUGUAAGGUUUGAGUGCAUGUUUAUGGUUUUCUCUUAACUAACCCUCAUUUGUGAAGCUGCAUCUAUGUUUUUCGCUCUCUAUAAAUACCUACAUAUAAACAUCUAUAUCUAAUUUUUUUUUUUUUUUGUGUCAAGCAAAAAGUUAACUUAUUUCUGUAUUUAUUUUACUAUAACUUACUCGCCUUAGGGAAUUUGUAGAACAAAAUCAAAGCUUUCAUAAUUCCUAAAUAUUAGUGUAAAAUUUAUAAACAAUAAUGUACAAUCAAUUUGCGUAGAGUAUUAACAGUUUUUUGUGACACAAUGUUUCAAACACUCAUCCUUCACUCAUAUUUGGGUCAAGUUCUAGUGGCGUCCCCAUCUUAAAUAAUUUACAUCAUUGAUAAUGAGCUUAUAUCAUUUUGUAUAAAUAAAUGUAUUCUCAUGGUAUUAUUGUAACUUGUAGUUUAUAGUUUAGAAGUAUUUUUUAGUAAAUAUUAAUAACUGGUAGUCGGGUUAUAACUUAACUAAGUAUGUUUUUGAUAUUUUGAUUUUACUAACACUCUAAAAAUAAAUUACCAUGUACUCAGAAUAACUGGCAAUUUUGGCCCUUGUUUUUAAAUAAAAUAAUUUU